AUGACCACGGACAUCCAGAACCUAAAGAGCUUCGAUCCGUUCGCGGAAGCCGAAGACGCCGCUGGUGAGAUCAAAGCCGGUAACCAGGCCAACUACAUCCAUAUCCGCAUACAACAGCGCAAUGGUCGCAAGACCCUGACGACGGUCCAAGGCUUGCCUAAGAAAUUCGACCAGAAGAAGAUCCUCAAGGUCAUCAAGAAGCAGUUUGCCUGCAAUGGCACCAUCGUCACCGACACGGAGAUGGGCGAGGUGAUCCAGCUCCAGGGUGACCAGAGGAAGGAUGUCCAGGACUUCUUGACCGAUAAGAAGGAGGGCCUCGGUCUUGACGUCAAGACCAUCAAGGUCCACGGUUUCUAG